AUGCCCAACGCAAACAACACGGGCCCCGGUUACCCGGAGGGCUAUCAGCCCGCGAGUGGACACCUCGCAAACAUCAUCGACAACAGCGUCGCGACAGGCCUUGACAAGUGGGGUUUCGUGAUUCUGCGAGGCGUGUACGACAACGAUGACGAGUGGCAGACUUUUCUCAGUCUCUACAAGGCAGCGGUCGCUGACGAGCUCCACGACGCGAAGCUGGAAGACCAGCUCGGCCAGCAGCUCGAAUGGACAGUCAUCGAGGAUCCCGCAAUUCUGGAUGGUGCGUCCAAGGGUGCUGUGCGGGGUCGAUUCCUCACGUGGGUGGAGGAACAGAAACGCGAUGGCGAAAUAGCCGACAGGCCUUGGGCUGCGGGUUAUCUCCCUCGAUACAAGUUCUGUCUGUACGUCGACGAGGUCUGCAUGAAGAGUAUCGUAGCGAGACAACAGGGGGGAAAGUUGGAUUACACGCUAGAUGAAGAGGACGAAGAAGACGCCGACGAAGGGUGGGGGGAGCUCGAUGGCACGACUAAUUACGACGUGGGCUGGGCGUAUAUCGACGUCCUUGGCUACGCGGCGCUCUACUCGAACCUGGGUUCCGGCGGAUCGCACGAUCAGAUAUGGGAUGGUAUGGUUUAUCGCGGUCGUCGUCCUGAACGAGAUCCCAAGCCCGAUUAUAACUACGGCUGCUCACUGGCUGAUGUCGAACGUGGCGUGCCAUAUGGGCAACGCAUUUCAAGGUAA